GGCGCACCCUUCUGCCUGCCUGCUUGUCUCAAGCGGGGGUUCAUCCAAGGAGAGGGUAACAACUUGACGGCACGCGUGAACGAGUGGUCUUGUUUUCCCGCGCUGUCGGAGCCCAAACGUGCUCUCGACGGUUGUGUUUGAUACCGCUUCCGCUGCACCUGCUGCAGUCAGCUCCCCGAAGCAGAGCUGCUGCUGCUCCGCCUGCUGUAUACUGUACCAACACUACACCUCUGUGUUUGAAAGUCAGUUUAGAUCUACAGCACGAAGGAAUCCGACCAAGGGGCAGAGAUAAUGAUGGGCAAGCAGGGGCGGGGAAGCUUCUCCUCGGGCAAGGCGGCGGGGAGCUCGACGGGGGUGAAGAAGAAGAUGGUCAUCAAGCCGUUCAAGGUACACCGCUGUGCUUCCUCUGCCAUGUGA